CCUGGAUCGAGCUUGCUUAUGAUCGGUGUCGACCCAAGCCACAGCGGUGACUACCACUGUGCAGCAAAAAGUGAGCUGGGAGAGGACGUUUCAGGGCAGAUUCAGCUGGACAUUCAGUAUCCCCCUCAGAACACAACAGUGUCAGUUGACCCUUCUGGUCCGGUGCUGGACGGCAGCUCUGUCACUCUGACCUGCUCAAGCAUCGCCAAUCCAGCUGCGAUAAACGUCACCUGGAUCAGAGCGGCUGGAGGACAAAAGGAGGUGAUGGGCUCUGAGAAAGACUUCACCUUCAAUGUGACCAAACUCUCAGAGGAUCAGUAUUACUGUGAAGCUCUGAAUGUCCACGGAGCUGAAUACUCAGAGCCUGCCAGUAUUGAUGUCACAUUUGCUCCAGAGAUCCUUCCUUCUUCCCGCUGCGUCAAGAUUUUAUCCCUGAUCCGAUGUUCCUGCAACAGCCAGGGGAACCCGCGUCCCUCCCUGGUUUGGGAAUUGGCCGGGGAGCCUGUCAAUCACUCUGCUGCCAUCCCGAUCAGGGAAGUUCCCCUGGGGAGCGUGAGCAUGAGGAGCCUCAUCACCCUGUACCAUUUGGAUGAUGACAUGCCCUCUGUAGUCUGCCUCAGCAUCAACUUGCUGGGCUCUGAUAGUUUCGCAUUCAACGUGUCCUCAAGCGAAACUCAGCUAGGCCUCCACACUUUUUCUCUUUUGAUUGGCUCUGCAGUAGGCGCACUGGGGAUGCUGCUGGUGUGUGUCCCGCUGCUGCUUUUGUUUUGCAGGAAAAGGAAAGGCAGUCUUACACUUAACAAGGGAUUGGUGGACUCUUCUGACUUUUUAGUUACUAAUGGGACUCACUCUUCCAAAGUGGAUGUGAUUUACGCCAAUAAAAAUAUUCUGGAAGAGGAAGGAGAAGUUAAGGAAGACUCUCUUAACUACGACAAUGUGGACUUUGCUAAACUCCAGGCCAAAUCAGAGGGUACGCUUGUUGAAGGGGAGAUCAGAGGCCUGGACUCCAAGACAACUGAGUAUACUAAGAUCUGUCUGCACUCCAGAGAAGGCAAUGGAGAGGACGUGAAGGAAGAAGAGACAGUUGCUGACACUCAUGGUCUCAUAGGACAAUGAAAAGUUUACGUCUCAACUUUGGAGGAAAUGAAACAGGAUUCUGGGCUUCAAACGGCCACAGGACUUUACCAUAUCCAACUUCAGUUUUCCACACUCAGCUGAGCUAAGAAAAUUCUGCAGCACAUUUGUCAAUGUAACAUGUUCUUGUGUGUCUUUAUUGAAAAGUGCAUAUAAAAAAAAAAUGAUUUUGAAUACAUAUACUAGGUACUUACACCACAAUAGACCAUAACAGUAAACAUUCCCUUUAAACUGAUGAACUUUUUUCUUCUAUGUGCUUCACUACUAUAGAUGGAUGCUGUCGCACUUACAUUUAAUAUUUCAAUGCAACGUUUGUCUUACACUUUUGUUAAUUUUAUUGUUUGAAACCUUUGUUCAUAGGGAAAUAAACAAUUACACAGUUUGUCACACAUUUUUAUUGAUCAUUUUGUAUUUGUUUUUUUGUUAAAAUGCAUACAUAUGUUUGUGAUUGUUAAGAAAACAAAACAAAGAGACAUUCUUAUCAUCCUAUACAAGAAUUGAAAUCAACGCAUGUUAUGAAAUUAAGCAUUGUGCAUAUGGCACAUUGUACUAUUCACAACUGUCAAAGUAAUGUCAAUACAUUUUACAAAUAUGUACAUUUGCCCACGAAUACUUUCCUUAACAAAAUUAGUAUUUCUUUAUAUGUUAGGUGGCAUGGGUUUGGUCACUUUUGU